CGGUUCCACACGGCUAGACACUAGCUUGACGCAUAGCCAAACUCGACUCGUCCAACAUGGCUGGUCAGGAAGAUCCAGUGCAGAGAGAAAUUCACCAAGACUGGGCCAACCGGGAGUAUAUCGAAGUAAUCACGAGCAGCAUCAAGAAAAUUACUGACUUCCUUAACUCUUUUGACAUGUCAUGCCGAUCUCGCUUGGCUACCCUCAAUGAGAAGUUGACAGCCUUGGAGAGGAGAAUCGAAUACAUUGAAGCAAGAGUGACAAAAGGUGAAACCCUGACUUAAACGACGUCAUGGAAAAUUACAGCAUCCUGAUGCUAUCCUUCCAUUUCCUAGUGGCCCAUGUUUUGUUUAUUUUGAGUUUGCGUGAUUGAUUCCACCCUCUUUUUUGAUGCUCAUUUUUAGAUUGUAUCACUAGUUUUGCUUGUUUUAUAUGAUGCCACCACUGUGUGUAGUAUACAGGAAAUGGAUGUCUGCGUGUGUGUUACUUCGGCAUGGCAUUUUUAAGAAAAAAAGAUAAUCAUCAAAAACUUUGCUUUUAACAUUUUGAGGAAUUUAGUACUUGUGUGAUAACAGAAGGUCAGAUCGGACCAUGUGUUUUACAUCACGUACAUCAUGUCAAUAACAGCACAGAAUUGAUGAGUGGGGACCAUCCUCUUGUGCCAAGUUAAACAAGUCUUGUUGUGUGGUCUUUAAUAAGGACUGUGUGUGUACAUUGCACUCUUUACUCAUAUGUCAAGGGUUACAUACUGUAAUAAAAUGCAAGAAAAUCAUUGUGGAAAAUGAAA